UUGCUCCUUGGAUCCAUCACAGUCGAGUCAAGCCAGCUUCUCUCAAGUGGAAAUGCAUCCCUGAUCCGGCUUCAUCAAGUAAGAUCAUCCUCUGAAACCUGAGUGCCCUCCCUCAGCAGGACCCCACUUCCCAGGAAACAAUGGGAGACCACCGGCAGCGGGAUGACAGCCCUGCUCUAGUCACCUGCGGAAGCUGAGCAUCCUACACACAGCAGAAGCUUGAGGAGUCGACUCUCCAAAGGCACAAACGGACUGUUUUCCACACCGGUUACUUCACUGUACUGCACUGUCACCCCGUGUCUGUAUCCCUUGCUGUAGUUCUUACCCGAGUCUUCGCCAUAAGCUCGGCAGAAACCACACCUGCCAACUGGACUCACGGCGAAAGGUUUUUAUUAGCUCUCUUCUGCCUCUUUUGGGCAGGAUGCAUAAUGACCGUUUAUUGUUACUGAGGUGGUUUCCCUUCGUGGUCUCAGAGCCCUCCUCCUGGGCCCUGUGUAUGCACACUACUCAGGCAGGAAGUGCUGUCACUGGGACGGUGCUUCUCCAUACUUACUGUUCCUGUGCAGGCUCUGUCAUCGGGUCGUGCAUUCGCAACCACACCAUCUAUCUCGUGUGCGCCCAUGGUAAGCAGCAGAUCUGCUUCAACCCCGCUUACCGCCCCCGGGAGCAACGGUUAGAGACCAGGAGCACCCGCAACCCUGGGACCUCGUCAGCCGCACCCAGGCUUUUAGCCCUGAGAAAGCAGCGGCAGCGCUUUGAUGCACGUGCGGCCAUAGACCACGGUGGGGGUGGAGGUCCAGGCUGUGGGCGUGGAGGCGUGACUUGAGAAAGAGCCUGCACGUCACAUGGUCCAGGACAGUAAUGCUGCCCAUCUGAUGUCCACGCGAUCCUGCUACCUACCAAACACGCUGGGUCUCGCGCUCCCCACCAGCUGAACACACCUGAGCUGGAGCGCACCACAGCCGCCUAGAGCCUGGGUCACGCCCCCACGCUCCAUUGGGCCUCCGAUUGGAUAAUUCCUCGAGGGUGUGGCCGGAAGAGAGGAGUCUGAUUGACAGGGGCGUGGCCUAGGGCGUCCCGCGGAACAUGGCGGAUCCCAGUAGGAAGCGGCCCUGUGGCCCGGGUGAACAUGGCCAAAGGGUUGAGUGGCGAAAAUGGAAGCAACAGAAGAAAGAGGAGAAAAAGAAGUGGAAGGACCUCAAGAUGACAAAAAAACUGGAACGGCAGCGGGCACAGGAGGAGCAGAUAAAGCGCCAGAAGGAGGAAGAGGAGGCAGCCCAGAGGGAGGACCAGGGACGGCCCUACACCCUGAGUGUGGCCCUGCCAGGCUCCAUCCUCGACAACGCCCAGUCACCUGAGCUUCGCACCUACCUGGCUGGCCAGAUCGCCAGAGCCUGCACCAUCUUCUGUGUGGAUGAGAUUGUGGUGUUCGAUGAAGAGGGCCAAGACUCCAAAACUGUGGAGGGGGAGUUCCGGGGAAUUGGCAAGAAGGGGCAGGCGAAUGUGCAGCUGGCCCGCAUCCUGCAGUACCUGGAGUGUCCACAGUACCUGAGAAAAGCAUUCUUCCCCAAGCACCAGGAUCUCCAGUUUGCAGGGCUCCUGAACCCCCUGGACAGUCCUCACCACAUGCGCCAGGAUGAGGAGUCUGAGUUCCGAGAAGGCAUCGUGGUAGACCGGCCCACCAGGCCAGGCCACGGCUCCUUUGUCAACUGCGGCAUGACGAAGGAAGUGAAGAUUGACAAGAAUCUGGAGCCUGGACUUCGAGUCACCGUGCGGCUAAACAAGCAGCAGCUCCCAGAAUGCAAGACCUACCGGGGAGUAGUUGUGUCCUCGCAGGAUCCCCGCACAAAAGCCGGUCUCUACUGGGGCUAUACCGUCCGACUGGCCUCCUGCCUCAGUGCUGUGUUUGCUGAGGCCCCCUUCCAGGAUGGCUAUGACCUGACCAUUGGGACAUCAGAGCACGGCUCAGAUGUGGCUUCUGCCCAGCUGCCCAGCUUCAGGCAUGCUCUCGUGGUGUUCGGGGGCCUCCAAGGAAUAGAAGCUGGAGUGGAUGCAGACCCCAACCUGGAAGUGUCUGAACCCAGUGUCCUCUUUGAUCUGUACGUCAACACGUGCCCUGGCCAGGGCAGCCGCACCAUCCGCACUGAGGAAGCUGUCCUCAUCUCCCUGGCUGCCCUGCAGCCUGGCCUCACCCAGGCGGGUUCCCGGCCCUCAUGAGGCCUCUGCUGGGUCUGGGAUAUGGAUGAAGCAUCAGGGAAGCCAGGG